AUGGCACAGGGUUCCUACAAAUGGAUUAUGGUCUAUCAAGACCACAUCACCAAAUUUUGUGUCCUGCAUCCGCCAUCGUCGAAACGUGCAGCAGAAGUGGCGCAUCAUCUCACUGACAUAUUACUCUUGUUCGGAGCUCCGUACAUAUUACAGAGUGAUAAUGGGUCAGAGUUCGCAGCCAAAGUGAUCAGUGAGCUGAAAAUCAUCUGGUCCAAACUUGUCCUCAAUCAAUCAGCCAAGGAUCCGUGGAAAGAGCAAACGAAGAAUUCUAGCUUGCAUGCAGGUAUUUGCAGAUCACCUUAUGCAGCCAUGUUUGGAUGUGAGGCCAAAGUGGGCAUGGUAUCAUCCUCGCUGCCUGAUGAGCGUGGCCAUCAUCCUUCAGUAGACCCGAACCAUCCGGUACCUUGCCGUUUUCUAACCGCCGAGGUUGACAUCGAUGCUGAACGUGGCUGUCAUCAGUCAAUAGUCUCCAGCACCCAGAGAGAGAUCAACCCCGCUGUCAGCCGAGCAGUAACUUUGGUCAACCCCGGUGCAUCGCCCGAAAACAAUUUGAGCCGCAGAGAGAAUAAUAUCAUUGCCCAGAGAAAAGGUGCCCAUAUGAGUCAACUUGCCCAGGCUGAACGCAUGGUAAAAUGGAGUCGAAUCGACCUUGCAGCCGGUGAACCACUUGAUAAUGCUGCUGUCCUUAUUCCACUGGUAGAUAGGGGUCGAGGUGAUCCUCAGAACAUUCUCGGUGUCGUCUUGGAACAAAACGACAUGUACACCACUGGAGUCAAGGCAGGAGUUCUGAAGGCCAAGCUGUCAAGCAACCAGUUUGACUUAUGCACUCAUCGCCUUCUAGGACAGGACUCCAUGAAUCACGACAGGGUGGUAUCUCUGCGAGAAGCCAUUAUCUUUGAAUCGAACUGUGGUGGACAGGGUUUUGUCAAAUGCAACUGCACAGGACCCAAAACAGAUGCAAGUGCCUUAAAAACAAAGUUAAAUGUAAUAGCAGGUGCCACGCCAGCAUGA